CGAACAAAGUGCUAAUCAAAACACAAACACACGGUGGGGCUCGGAUGCGGUGCAAUCUGGCAGUGGAAAUCGAAAUUUCAUACGUUGUACCGCCUAAAAAGGAUACAGAACAUUUAUUGAAAAUAUGAACUAAAGCGUGCAAAAGUGUUUCGAACGGUCUGUGGUUUCGUUUGGCGCAUCGGCUUCUAACGUCCGUAGCAAUCACAUUAGUGUAAAAACCGACGGGAAAACGAUUCAUUGGUGGGACUGGUCCGAAAUUUCGCAAUUGAAAGGGGUGAACUGUUUCGAAAGCUAAUUUGUCCAUCGCGCAAGCAGUUUGGUCAGUGCGUAUUGUACUGAAAUAAUGGCGAAAAUGCAGGAAAACUGGCGCGACAUCAUUGCCGAUCGGUUGCGCGAGCGAAAUAAAAACGAAUCGGCACGGUUUGCCGACAUCAUCCAUUACAACAACCGACUGUUCGAUACGGCCGCCAAGCUUCGGCAGGAAAAUUUGGAUUUGAAAAUUGAUAGAAAAAUACGCGACAGCGUCAAUGUGAGUGGUGCGGGCGGGGGCGGCGGCACCACCUUCGGCACGGACGUAGCCACCAUCACGAACGCCCAGAUCCAAUCGCUCGAGAAGAAAGUGCUGGCCCAGCAGGAAGAGCUGACGGAUCUGCACAAACGCAAGGGCGAACAUUCGCAGAUGGUGAUAACGCUCAACCAGAAGCUGACCGAGCUGCAGCGCCUGCUGGCCGAGAAGGAGCGGGCGCUGGCCGACCAGACGGCCCUUUGCGCUUCACUGAAGGAAGAGCUGGACGAGAUGAAAGCAUCACACGUUACGAUUAAGGACGAAUCGCUCGCCUCGCAGCUGCGCGCCAACACGGCCGAGGACAAGCUGCGGGCCGUGCAGGACGAAAACACGAAGCUGCUCAACCUGCUGAUGGAGUACAAGUCGCGGGACGCCGAGAUCAUGAACAAGGAGAACGAUAAGUUUGUGAAGGAGAAGAAGGCACGCAUCGAGAGCGAGCUGGAGCGGGCGAUACGCGACAUUCCCGGCCCGUCCUCGAUCGGUGCCGAUCUGGACCGGUUCGAUGUGGACGGUUUGCCGGAGGGCGUAGAGUUUAAGUUCGACGCCCACGACGGGGAGGUGAAUGCGGUGCGCUGGAGCCCGAUUGAGCGUAUCGUCGCGACCGGUGGAGCCGACCGGAAGGUGAAGCUAUGGGAUGUGGGAAAAGGUGUUUGUGAACAACGUGGCGUGCUAGUGGGCAGCAAUCAAGGCAUCAAUUCGGUGGAGUUCGAUACGACUGGUUCAAUGAUAUUGGCCGCCUCGAACGACUCUGCCAGCCGCAUGUGGUCGGUCGUGGAUCAUCGAUUAAGGCACACCCUAACCGGGCACAGCGGAAAGGUGCUGGCGGCGAAGUUCCUCGGUUCCGCCUUCCUCGUCACCGGCAGCCACGAUCGGACGCUCAAAAUAUGGGACCUCAAAAAUCGUUCAUGUACGGAGACGAAAUUUGCUGGCUCGAGCUGCAACGAUCUAGUCACGACGGACAGCUUCUCCUUCAUCAGUGGCCACGUGGACAAGAAGAUACGCUUCUGGGACGUGCGGACGGCCGACUGUACGGCGAACGACAUACCGCUGCAGGGCAAAAUUACCUCGCUCGACCUGUCCAAGGAUGGGAAGUUUUUGCUGAGCUGCGUACGGGACGACACGAUCAACCUGCUCGACCUGCGCCAGAACCGUAUCGUGCGCACAUUUCGUAACGAUAAUUUUAAAGUUGGAUGCGAUUGGUCCCGGGUGGCGUUUAGUCCAUCGAGCUCACGGAUUGCGGCCGGUUCGGCCGAUGGUUCGGUGUACAUUUGGAACAUUAACGGACCGCUCGAGACGGUGCUGAAGGAUCCCAAUGGAAGCGGUGCGGCCGUCACGGCCGUCAGCUGGCACCCGUUCAGCUCCACGCUGGCCUCGGUCGAUCGGGCCAAAAAGUGUACGAUCUGGUCGAACGCCUAACCCAGCCCCCAGCCAGCCACGACGGUACCGCCGACGGGCGACGGGCUGAUGUCGACGGCGCCUGGAACGGACGAAGCGGCAGUUCUGCGGGAUGGCACAACGCCAUCACCACCCCCACCACCGUUCGUGCGCCGUUGCUGGCGGUUGCUGUUACUGUUUUCCCUACUAUCGUCCGUGUUCGUGACCUCCGAUGUCUGUUAAUAUGUUCGUUCGUUGGGUCAGAUUACUCUGCUGUGGUUUUGGCGACGGAACCAGGUUCCCUCUCGGCUGCUUCGGAUUUUUUACGUUUUCUUUUUUCAAUCGGUUUCUUCUUUUCCCUUUUCAUACUGUUCCCUACUACUCAUCGAAACACACAAUUAGGUAAGCACAAGGGCCUUUUUGCCGAACGGGAAUGGUGAGUUUGUUACCACUUCCGUUCAACCGUGCUGGAUCUUUUGCAAGUAAUAAAACAUUACUAAAAAAAAAA